AUGUCAACUUCAGAACAUUCGUCAGUAGUGAUUGAUAAAGAUAAAAAAAAGACAAUAUGUGGUGCUUGUGAAUCUGAACUAGAACCUGAUCAUGGUGGUAUACAAUGUAUACAAGCCCAUCAUUAUUGCACAGAAUGUUCUAUUCAUAUUGUCAAUUUAUUUUUUUCUGAUCCACAACAUUAUACACCUUUACGUUGUAUACAAUGUAAUGUUGAUUUAAAUCCUAGUGUAUUUGAACGACAAUUAACAGCAGAACAACUUCCGUUUUAUGAACAACAUAUGCUUGCAUUAGUUUGGGCUAAACAACUUCUUGAUGAAGAUGAACGUUUAGAUAAUUGUCCAUUCUGUUGUUUUGCUGUUAUACGUAGUAUACAUGAUCCAAAUUAUAUUUAUUGUCAACAUGCUGAAUGUGGUAUGAUGUCUUGUUUAAUAUGUCGAAAAGCUUGUCCAAAAUUUCAAAAUAUGUAUUGUACUGAUGAAGAAUUUACUGAAUUACAAAAACAUUUUAAAUGUAGUGAUUUAGCUGAUGACAAACAUAUGUUUGAUCAAUAUUUGGAAUUAGGUCAAAAAGUUCCUUGUCCAAAUUGUGGUCUAGCUGGAAUGAAAGAUGAUGCUUGUACGCAUAUGACUUGUCCGACCUGUUCACAACUAUGGUGUUAUUUUUGUGGUAAAAAAAAUGAAGAUUGUAAUAAAGCACAAGAUGGAGUCAAUGGAAUAUUUGAUCAUAAUCAUAAUUGGUAUACUAAUCCUGAUCGUUGUCCAAUGUAUUUUACUCAGAUAUUUGAUAUUGAUGAUCGAUGGCCUGAUGAUGAAGAACAAUGCUUAGCAAUGUUUCAUCGUAAUCGUUCAUUACGUUUAUUACGUGAAGUCUAUGAAAAACUUGGUAAAGAACGUAUUGAACAACUUGAUGAACAUUUUAAUAUACUUACUACAUGUGGUUUUACAUUAGAUGAAAUACUUAAAGAAGAUCUAACAUUAAUUAAAAAUCGAGACGUUAAUUCAUCGUCACGUUCAAAAAGAACUGAUUAUUUUUAA